AAAAUAUACUGCAUCGAUCGAACAGCGCGAUGGUCGUGUACGCGGUGGACGUCGGCGGGGCGACGUUGAAACAUGGCGAUGUGGCAGGACCGACGUAUUCCGUGUCAGAAAAUUGCGUGCGUAUGAAUGUGAAGCAACACAGUGCGCAGAUUCGACGUCCCAUUGAGCGGGGAUACGUGGUGAAUUGGACCUUACAGGGCGAUAUUUGGCAGGACUGCUUGCCGACUCACCCCGAUGCAACCAUGCUGCUCACUACCCCCGUCUUCACCCCGGACAAACUCUUGCAAACGCAAGACGAGGUUGUAUUUGAAGAAUUCCACAUGGCCGCAAUGGCGAACGUGAUUCCCCAAGCCAUGGUACCAUUCGCGAUGACGUCGCAGUCCCCUGUAUUCGUUGUCGUGGAUGUCGGCUUCUCCGCGACGCACAUCGUGCCAUGGAUCGCCGGAUCGAUCGUUUGGGAAGGCGUGCGGCGAAUAAACGUCGGCGGCAAGAUGCUCACAAACUACUUGAAGGAAUGUUUGAGCUUUCGCCAGUGGAACAUGAUGGAUUCGUACGACCUAAUCAACGACGUGAAAGAAGCAGCCUGCCGAUGCUCACUGGAUUUCGAGCACGACAUGAAAGCUUAUGCGGCGGCUUCCAGCUCCACCAUGUCCUUGACUUCAUCUCCAUCCACCAACUCGCUCGUCAAGGAAUGGGCGCUCCCCGAUUUUGUACACACCCACCGCGGGUCGUUGGUGGUACGUAGCCAUGCCCACUUUUGCUUUGCCGUGCAUGCUUGUACCUCGCGUAGACGCCGCCAGGAAUCGACUUGCCUCCUCACGUCCAGGUGAUGCGCAUUGGUGUGGAAUCGAUCGCGAUCCCAGAGAUUGUGUUUCAUCCGUCCGACAUUGGGAUCGACCAAGACGGCAUCGCGCCCGCCAUCGUCGACGCGAUCUCUGCCUGUCCUGCGUACGUUCAAGGCUGGAUGUUUAACCACAUUCUCGUGACAGGCGGCACGUCGCUGCUGCCGCAAUUCAUCGAUCGACUCGAAAUGGACUUGCGCCCGCUCGUGCCCGCGGACUUGGGCCUUUGCGUUCACCAUGUCGACGACCCCAUUGGUGCCGUGUGGAGAGGAUGCCAGGCAUUUGCGAUGUCGUCGCGCUUUGCCGACGCCGUCGUCACCAAGGCAGAGUACAUGGAGCAUGGAAGCGAGGCGUUGCGGCGGUGCCGCGACAAGACGAUGGCUCCACGACCAUUCAAGUUGUAGCUGGCCGAGUAUGCUUGGAGGAAUACAACAGCUCCUGGAUCGAAUACACCAUGUUGCACUGGGCGAUUCCCAUUGAGUUAAGGCUAUCCAAUGCGUGGGUUGCGCCGACUGCCACUUCGGCUCCGACGACAACUCGAACGCGUGUCAACUUGCUGCUGCCGCUUUACCCCCACAGGCAUGCGGAACGGUCGGUCGCGCCCGCCAAAGCGGAGCUGCCCGGAUUCUUUGCGACCGCCCAACCCACCACCCAAGCGUCGCGGCUUCCACCCUUUCAUGACACGCGAACGUUCGUACUCGACGAGGAUGGUCCGGCCGUCGACAAUCAACCUAUUCAUGCAUGCGUGCGCGCGUCAAGAACGUAGAACGCGGUCGUGACCGGUUGCUCAAGCGAUGCUGUACCGAUUUGUGGCAGCGUACGCUUCUUCAAAGUCCCGUUCGUGCACAUACUCAAUGAACGCAUACCCUCGGCUCUCCUGGGUCACGACAUGGCGGACAAGGCGCAGACGCUUAAUGGGUCCGUACUUGCCAAAGAUGGAGUGCAGCGUCUCCUCUGACGUGUCGUAAUUC